AUGAUUGACAUGCUCUCUGUGAAGGAAGUUGGCGUAAUUCGAACGAGACCGAGAGAUACGAUUCUGGAGCGCGACCAAGAUGUUUGGGUAUCAAAGACCAAUAUACGGUCAUCCGAGAGUGAGUACUCUAGAGACGAAUAUACGAAGAGAUGUGUGGUUUGUGGCCGGGCUCCAGGAGGUAUGCAUAACACGCAAAACGUCCCAUCCUGCCGCGUCACUACCUGGGAUCACGCCCUGAUAUUGAUGACCGAGUGGCCCAUUCGACAAAAGAAAAGCAACGGACCGAUUGAAGCUGAAAUGCACUUGCUGACAAAAGACCUUACAAAGAAUAUAUAUCAUCCUGCAGGUGAACCAACGCUAUGCAGCAGGAAUUGUAUUUAUGUCAUUGGCGACGAAGAUGAAGAUAUCUACCAAGGAUAUAUCUAUGCGGAGAAGGCAGCAUCUGAUACUUCGGAUGACUAUAAUGAAGGAUGGGGAGGUCUGGAGUCCCAUCCGCAGCAUGGUAGUUAUUGCUCUGGGCCCAAGAAUCCGAUAGACCGAUUAGAAAUCUCCCAAUCCGGGAAAGGAGAGAUUCCAUCUCGUGUCUUGACCUCUUCGGUACCAUUUACGACGCAUAGCAACCUUGGAAAAAUAAUUUGA